AUGGACAUCAUUUUGGGAGGACAAUACAUGCAUUUUGUAAUGUGCAAAGCCUUCUUGAAAAUGCCAUUGAAAGAAUGGCAUCAGAUGAACCUGACAACAGCUUACCUGCAGAGGACAGGGCGAAGCAACAUAUAUUCAAGGGCAGAGCAACAUAUAUUCAAGGAAUUAUUGAAGCUUGUCCCAAGCUUGGAGAGGCAUCUCAUGGGUCCAGAAACUACAGAAGAAGACAUAAUAAUGGUUGCAGAUAUGAUCCAGAAAGGUGCAAAUGGGGCCAGAUCUGACAAUACUAAGAGUCUCAAAUCCGCUGUAAUUGACUGGAUUACUCCCAGAGGACAGACUCUUUCUCCUCACAUAUAUUGCAACGUCAAAGCAAAUUGA